UCACAAUAUUGUCCACGCCCACCCGGAAGAAAAACACAAACCGAAAUUAGAGCAUGGAUCUAUGAAGUAGAGAGUAAGUAUUCAAGACUUCUGUAGGGAAUUCCCAGCGAGUCAUUCAACAAGGGGUAGAGGAGCAGAGCCAAAGCAGCUGUUGUGGGGGUGACCGGACUGAGAUGGACAGCCAGGAGGUGGGGGUGCUGCUGCAAGAAUGUCUGGAAGAAGCAGAGAUCCAGAGAGAUAAAAAAGAAGAACUAAAACCAACAGAGGAGCAGAGACAGGCUUACGGCAACUGCAGAGAUGCUCUGUGCCUGGAGCUGUCCUCUCUCCUCCAGGAGGCAGAGCAGAUGCAGUGGCCCUUUGCCCCAGAGAAGUGGCAGUUUAAGCAGUCAGUGGAGGCCAGCGAUAAGACCAACCUGAGCGACCUCAUCAAGAAGAACCUGCACCCACUACUGGGUCUCCUCAAAGCCUCCAUCCAGUCCCAGGAGCCGGUGUGUGCUCUGGCUGUGGUUUUCUUAGUGGACCGCUUCCUUUAUUGGACCGAUGAAUCCAGCCGACUGCUCAAGAUCACCAAACUACUUCACAAACUGCACCCCGAGGCCCCUGUGGCACCCCAGCUCGUCAUCCGGCAAGCCCGCGUCUACCUCAACUCUGGGAAGCUGCAGAAGGCUGAAUACAUCCUCAGCAGCCUUAUCAACAACAGUGGAACUACAGGUUGCUGGCAGUAUCAGAGCGAUAGUGACCGAGCACUGGUGCAGGCAGUCAGUGUGCAAGUGAGAGGGAUGAUUCUGCAAAAACUUGGCUUGUGGCUGGAGGCUGCAGAACUGAUAUGGGCUUCAGUGGUUGGAUACUAUGCUCUUCCUAAACCUGAUAAAAAGGGCAUAGGGACUUCCCUUGGUUUACUGGCUAAUAUUUUAGUAUCUAUGAAUGAUGAGGACUUCAGUGCUUUCAAGGAUACUCCUGACAUAGACCUGUCUUUGCUUGGAGAAAGCAGCCACCGCCUCCUGUCCGCAGCCCAAGCAGCGAAGAUGGCAGUGGUCUACAGUCAGUACACGUCGCUCUACGUGCUGACAAAUGUGGUUUCUCAGGGCACAUCUCUGCUCUCUUAUAGCUUCUCCAUCGACUGCCCCUCCUCCCUGUGCCGCUCCUACCUCCUCCAAGCUCAAGAGGCAUUUGAAAUCGGCCUCCUCACCAAAUCCUCCACCGAAACUGUCACAAGCAUCCAAGAGCUCCACACGUUCCUCAAAUCUGCCUACUCUCUCGCUAUAACCAAAAAAUGGCUUGGCGCUAACCCUUCGAUCGUCAACCAAGCUAAACAAGCCUGUCAGAAAGCCCUAGGACUUUUCUACGACUACUGCAACGCCCAAAACCAAGAGAAAGAUGCGUUAUGUUCUGAUAUUAUGAAACUCAUUGGCAAAGUUAAAGAUUUGCUCCAAGUCGCGGCAUUUGAAAAUUCUGACAAGCUGUCAUUUAUUCCGGAUAGUUACAAAAAUAUCCAAGAAAAAACAGUUGAUUUUAAUUUGGAGAAGUUUUCUAAAAUGAUUCUGAAGUUCAAAAAGUUUCACGCGACGUUAUCCGAAAUGGAUCGGAGUUGCAAAAGCGUUAAAGGUGAACAAACUAAGUAUUGCAUAACAGCUUUUGGGACGACAGUGGGAAAUCUUAAUCCAGAAUGCAGCACCCAAAGUAACCUACAUGACACAAACACGUCUUCUAGUGAUGAUCUUGGUUCGUCUUGGAACAAAAUCUCUUUCAGCAAUUCUCUAAGAUCUGGAAGUUCUGGAAGCGCAACAGCGGCUCGGAUCCAAAGUUUGACGAAAACAGAUCAUGAUCAAAAUCCCUCCAGUUUUAACGUCGAAAAUUUGGCGAAAUCCUUAACUUCUUCCAGCGCUAGUUCCCAAUCUUGGAGCUUCCAACUCCAAGCUGCUUUAGAAACAGUUGAUACCGACAGUGAUUUAGAAAAAGUAGUUCAGUCUUUAAGCGAUAGUUAUGGUUCAACUUCGUCUUGGGAAAAGCUCUCACCCUUUCCGAGAAGCAAGCCCAUGCUAUCUAAAGUCGGCAGCAAGUCUUCAGAAUCCAGCGAUAGCAUAUUUCAUUUAGAAACACUUGACUCAGAAACGCCAGAUCCUUUAAAUGCCAGUAGCAACAACGGAAAUCCAAAUAUGGCCAAUGGAAAUGCUGUUGUCAGCUCAAAACCGAAUUUGAUCGAAGCUGCAAACCAGUGUGCGUCAACUGAACCAUCUACGGACAGCUCUUUUGAAAUUUUGGAACAAGUAAAGAUUGAAAACCAAGAGGAAAAGAAAGAGCAUAGAGAUGAUCCAAAGGAGGAGAAGAAUGCUCAGUGUCACAGUUGCUUGAAUGGGAGUUUUGGGAGCUCUUCAGAAGGCCAGUAUGUUUUGACGGAGCAGGAUUACAACGCCUUACUUGGGGGAGUAUGUCACCCUUGUUUGCUCAAAAGACUCAACAGUGACACAACUUUUAAGCUAAAGGAACACAGAAUGGCUUACGCUGGUCUGCAUCUGAAGUUCUCCAAAACCACUGGACUCUGGACGGCUCGGGAGACAUGUGUUUACAUCGGAGAGGACAUGCAUCUGACAGGGAAGCAGAGAGCGGCAUUGUGGGUGCAGUUCUUACACCAGGAGGAGCGGUUAAGCAGCUAUGUGGGCAAAGACUACCUGCAGCCACGGCCGAUCGAGUUCCACCUGAAGGACGUGGAGAGGCAGAUGACCGCACAGUUUUACGUGACCCAGUUCAACAAAAGUCUGUACGAGCGCGAGCAGAUGGCACAGAUCUUCUUCAUCCCCUCAGAGGCCCUGCUGAUCCUGGAGGGGAACCAGAUCGUUGGCUGUGUGACAGUGGAGCCGUACAUGCUGGGAGAAUUUGUGAAGCUGACCAACAACACUGUGAAGAAACAGAAGCGCUUGGAGGCCACUAAAUACGGACUAGCCUUCGGACACUUCACCUACCUCAUCUCCGGAGGGCAGGAGGUGGUGGUGGAUCUACAAGGUUGGGUGACAGGUAAUGGCAAAGGACUGACCUACCUCACUGAUCCACAAAUCCACUCCACAAAGACCCCCAAGGGCCCCUCCAACUUUGCCGAGAGGGGCCUGAGGUACUUUUUAUCAGAACAACAUGGGCCCAAAUGUAAUGAGAUCUGUGAAAAGCUCCAGCUUCCACCAGUGCCCAGUCUGUCCUCUCCAAUCCCCCAGUCACUGUAAUGUGACGGGACCAAGGGGGUGUUAAAAUUGAUAUUAGGCAGCUGAUGUUAUCAACAUUUCCUGGGGCUGUGACUGUAGGCACUACUCUGUCUGGUACUCAAAUUAGACUUAAGUCUGAGCUCAAUUUUAACAAAAUCUGAUAAUUAAAGAGUCACUAAACACCAAAAUCACUUUUUUUCUACUGAUUAUCUGUGUAAAUUGGUUUGAAAUAGAAGUGUAUACCUAUCACUGGCCUUAUUUUGGCUUUUUAAUGCAUAUUUGUUAUUUGUUUGUUGUGACUUUUGGGUCAAAGUCGUGUCUGUAACAGCCCCUUUAGGAUCAACUAUGGUCAGGACAUUAGAAUUUUCGGGUUGGACUAAUGGUGCAAAUGAGUCAGACACUGGUUAUUACGUGAUGAGUUCAACCACUGGCGUCUACGGGCGGGAUGUGAGGAGCCUCUCUCAGCCCUGCCCCGACGGGCACCGCGAUGUCCCACCGUGUCUGGAGAAAAGUGAAACGGUGUGAUCUCAGCUCAAAUGUCCGCUCUGUUUCAAAGUCUGGAGCGCACCGUCCACACUGUGUUGGAUUGUUGUGGCUGUUGGUCGAGUGUCAAUCAUCGCUCCAGAGUCAGAGUCCAGUUAUUCACUAUCAACUUUUUUGUUGAAAACACUAAUCACACUCAAACACUCAAACAGAACCAUGAAUGUUCAUAUUGAUCUCAGGCUCCUGAAAAUGUGCUAAUCUGUUUUGUAUUUUGUAUCUAGUAACUUUUUUGGCAGUGUUUGCUAAUGUUUGUACUGUGUCACCUUGGUAACUGCUCAACAUUCUGCCAUAGAUAAAGAAAUAGAACACCCCCAGCGCGAUGUUGCUGCAAUAGGCUGUAGAGCAAGGGUGUCAAACUCAAAUUCACAGAGGGUCAAAAUUAAAAACUGGGACUAAGUCGUGGGCUAAAUUAAAUAAUUAUUGAAAAAUUUGAAAAAACAUCUGCCUGUUUUCUCUUCUUUCGAGAUAUGGAAUGUUAAACCUUUUCUUAUUAAAAUAAAUGUUUAAUAAUAGUUUUGCUUAAACACUGAAUCCAGAAUAAGCAUAAUAUAAAAUAAUAAUAUCUGUAGUCGGCGGGCAGAUCUAAUACAUGUUUGAUAUGAUCUCAUGGGCCAAAUAUAAUUAAAUCGCGGGCCAAAUUUGGACCCUGGGCCUGAGUUUGACAUGUCUGCUAUAGAGGGAUUGUAGAUUCUGUUGCCAUGAUAGAAAAUAAAUGUUAGAAAAUAAUGUGAAAUCUGGGACAGAAAAAAAUUAUUAAAGGGUUUAAAUGAACAUAUAAUUGUGUAUUUCUGGUAUAUUUUUGUUGUCUCUGUCAGGACAUUAUUUUAUGUAGAAUAAAGGUGCAAUAGAAAACAUUAUUACCUGAUUUGUUCACAUUAGUAUGUAGGGAAUGAGCAUUAGAUAUUAAAAAAGGGACUUUACGGAAGAUAACUACAGGAGCCAAAGUAUGUGACCAAGUUAACAUGACAAUUUAAAAGAAGUCAAUACCGAAACUGUCGGCAUUAUGUGUAAUUUAGUUCUUAGUACUUUCUGUGGUAUUAAUGAGGAACUUGCUUAAAUCUCUGCACCAUCACAUGACACCGCUGUAGCAGAUAAACUCCUGCGUGUCUUGUCACCCCACGCUGGAUUGCAGUCAAACUAGAAUUUCUAAGCACAUGACAAACACACAGGCAUACAAUGGCCACAAUGACAAAUCAGUUUUAAAAUAUUCUGUAUAACAUAACCAAUAAUCAUGUUGUAUAAUCUGUGUUUAUAUUUUAGACAUUUCAGAGCACAAUAGUAACGCGAGGUUAGAUUAGUGAGGUUGGUUAGGCUAGUUUAUUUGCCAUUUGUAGUUAAAACCACAUUGGAAAAACAAAAAUGCAAGCAUGUAAAUAUGAUCAAAUAUUUUAAAAGUUAUGUUCUCAAGUGUUCUGUUCCUGACAGAUUUUGAAAUAUUGCACUUCUUACACUGUGUUCAACUUUUAAAAUGUAAUAUAUUUCGAGGCAAGUGUUUAUUUUCAUUUCGCUUAAUCAUUUUCAGCUACUUUUUUGUAUCCACUUUAAAAUAGAAUAAACUUAACUUAAAGGUUG